AUGACCAGUGGAGACAACCAAGCCGUUCUCGGUGAUGCAUUCGGCGACCUCGGAGUCCAGCUCGCCACUGUUACCGAUGCAAGUCAUGCAACCGUAACCGGCGUUGUAGAAACCAAGCUUCUCGAAUGGUUCGAUCAAACCGCUCAACUCAAGGUAACGGGUGACCGUCUUGGAGCCGGGAGACAGGGAUGUCUUAAUGUAGGGGGCAACCUCCAAACCGUGCUCAACAGCGUUCUUGGCCAACAUGCCGGCAGCCAGCAUCACGCUAGGGUUGCUGGUGUUAGUGCACGACGUGAUGCUCGCAAUAACAACAGAGCCGUGGUCGAGCGUGUAGUUACGGCCCUUGUACGUGAACUCACUAAGACGCGAACCGGCGUCCACAGCGUAACCCUUGCCAUCCUUAGACGUCAACAGCUCGUCGAACUUGUUCUUCACGCUGGCCACCAGGAUGUUGUCCUGGGGGCGCUUCGGACCGGCAAUCGAUGGCCGCAAGGUGCUCAAGUCGAGACGUACGGUGGAGGAGUACUUGAUACGCGUGCUGUCGCCAACACCCGCGUGAAGGCAGUUCUCCCUCGCGUACAUGUCCAACAACUCGACCUUUUCCGUAGGGCGACCCGUUUGAGUGAGGUACUCAAGGGUCAAGCCGUCGAUGGGGAAGAAACCCAUGGUCGCACCAUACUCGGGGGCCAUGUUGGCAAUGGUCGCACGGUCGGCGAGUGA